UACACAUUUCUUUUCCCUGCAUGUCAUGACAUGAUGAGUAAGUUCAAUCCAGCUAGCUAUAUAAAAGAAAUUUGAAGAUAUAUACACUUGGGGACAGUACACAAUUCACCACUAUACAAAGACUGUCUCAUAGUACAAUCCAACAUCAAAGACCCCCCUCUUUCUCUCUCAAUUUUCAAUUUCCAUUGAAAUUUGAAAGCACCAACUCAAAAUAAACCAAACCAGACCAAUCAAAACAUGGUUUCUUCUCUCCUUGUUCUCCUUCAAUUUCAAACCCCUUUCAUUAUUACCCUUACCCUUUUCAUCAUUUUCCAUCAAAUCCAAACAAGUGAUGCUUCACCUCAAACCCUCCUUAUCUUGCCUCUAAAAGUGCAAACACACCCACAUGGCUCAGUUUCCAUUCCAAUACCUUCUUCUCGUAAGCUCUCAUUCCAGCACAAUGUGACACUAACAGUUUCACUCACAGUGGGCUCACCCCCACAGAGUGUUACCAUGGUCCUCGACACAGGGAGUGAACUCUCAUGGCUCCACUGCAAAAAACUCCCAAAUUUGAACUCUGUUUUCAACCCACAACUCUCUUCCUCUUACAACCCAACACCCUGCACCUCACCCGUUUGCAAGACCCGGACCCGAGACUUCCCCAUACCCGUUUCCUGCGACCCGAAAAACCUCUGCCACGCCACGGUUUCCUACGCCGACGCUACCUCCAUCGAAGGCAACCUCGCCACCGAGACGUUCUUCGUCGCUGGGUCACCGCAACCCGGAACAACCUUCGGGUGCAUGGACUCCGGGUUCACCUCCAACGCCGAUGAGGACUCCAAGACAACCGGGUUGAUGGGUAUGAACCGCGGGUCACUCUCGUUUGUUGCUCAAAUGGGUUUGCCCAAAUUCUCGUACUGCAUCUCCGGCAGCGACUCCUCCGGCGUGUUGCUCUUCGGCGACGCAAAGUUCGCGUGGCUGGGACCAUUGAGGUACACUCCCAUGGUGAAAGAGUCCACCCCAUUGCCGUACUUCGACCGGGUCGCGUACACGGUCCGGCUUCAGGGGAUCCGGGUCGGGAAGAAGCUUCUGCAACUGGAGAAAUCGAUUUUCGUCCCGGACCACACCGGGUCGGGUCAGACAAUGGUGGAUUCGGGUACCCAGUUCACGUUUCUUCUGGGUCCGGUUUACAAGGCUUUGAGGGAAGAGUUCGUAGCGCAAACGAAAGGGGUGCUGACCCUUUUGGACGACCCGAAUUUUGUCUUCCAGGGAGCCAUGGAUCUCUGUUACCGGGUCGGAUCAAACAGGAAGAGUCUUCCUCUUCCGCCGUUGCCGGCGGUGACGUUGGUGUUUGAAGGGGCGGAGAUGAGUGUUUCCGGGGAGAGGCUGUUGUAUAAGGUGGGUGAUGUGGCGGCGGCGAAAGGGAGUGAAGAUACGGUGUAUUGUUUCACGUUUGGGAACUCUGAGUUGGUGGGAAUUGAAGCUUAUGUGAUUGGGCAUCAUCAUCAGCAGAAUGUGUGGAUGGAGUUUGAUUUGGUCAACUCUAGGGUUGGUUUUGCUGACACUAGGUGUGAACUUGCUAGUCAACGUCUAGGAAUGGGUUCUUAGAUUAGAUGAGUCUCCUUGCCUUUUUGGAUUUUGGGGCAAUGUCAUAUGAGUGGGUGGGUCAUGGAAUUGAGUGGAAAAGAGGUAAGAGAGGCUGAUUGAUCAAGGAAGUUUAUGGAAGAUUUUCCACCAUUCAUUCUAAAAGACAAUUUAAUUGUGGGAAAAAAGUCAAAGAAAAACCACAAGCAGCCGCCGUCAAUUCUCUCGGCUAGGGUUUGAAAGCAAAAGAAAGACCACUAGCCGCCACCCCUUUCGGGAGGGUUCCUCCACGGAGGCCUACCCCCGUCUUUUAAAUAAGGGUUUUCUUCUAUAAUAGGUGGAUUCUCUUCUAUGUUAAGUUAAUUUGUUACUGAAUAAGUGGGUUUUAUCCUCUCUUUUUAGUUUGAGUUUUCCUCUUGUUGUGCUACCUUUAGCCUUCUUUCACCCGACUGUUCACUGUCGUGCUACCACCAUCGUGUCGUCAUUGUAGUGGCCUUUGUCUCGCCUACGGCCUCCUCUGCCUAUGUUACCACCAUCCAUAUGUUUUUAGUGUUUACUAGUGGUUUUGUUAUGCAGCUUCCCUAUUUUCAUGGUCUCAAUGUUUGAGCUUGACUCCCUCAGUGUCGUUGAAGCUUUAUGCUCUGUUUGUAGCGGAUGAUUUUGUAUGGAUGGAAAAGCAUGGGAAGAUAAAAUGGCUGGAAAAUUGGUUUCAUGUGUGUUUGGCACACACAUGAAAAGGAAAGUGAUGGGAAAACCAUGCAUUAAUAUUGUAGCUUGUCAGUUUUCUUCUCACUAGCUAGUGUCAUGAAAAUGCUUUUUGUGGGCGUGAAAUUAGUGUAAAAACCCAUCAUGUCCUUCUUUGUUAUAUAUAAAUUAUUUAUAAAAAUA